GCGACGAAAAUCCAUAUCCGAACUCGAUGCGAAGAAAACACGUUUGUUUAUUUUUCCACAGUUUCUGUGUCAUUGUGAAAAUCGAUUAAAAUUUUCUAAAUUUAUAAAGACGCGACCAGCGGUUCAAGCUUUCGACGAGCAGAAAGUUUCAUCGGCCGGCGACUAUUUUUACCCGCAUAAAUAAGCUUACGUGAAAAAUUGGUGAAUAACGCGAGUGAAUCACGGAAUUGGGUGCCCCAAAAACGCGAAACCGCCGCGUGUCAUUGAAUCGCAAACGGAGCACCUGAUUAUCCUUGGAAAAAUGCUUUUGUCUGGCGCUUCUUUCAACGUUGUUCCACUAUAAUUAAUUGAUAAACUGUGAGCCCGAACUUGACGAACCGCGGUCGGGAGUUGAAGGAAAAAAGGUUUUCUUGUGCCUAACAAGGCAGAAGCGCAGCGAAAAGAUAGAUUUUCUGUAGCCUUGAGCUACCAACAAGACGAACGACUUCACAGCAAGCAAGGACACAAGAUACCAGGAUGCCGCUAAAGUCGAUGCAACGGCGGAACACGAUUCGUGGAUCAUCCAUGCAGAAACCGGGCAAAGGAGAACCCGUCGACAACGAUGAGUUCGAGUCGUGGGUCAAGUCCAAGCAGCUGCUCAAACCGGAUGAUCAACUGGAUCUAACGGAGGCCGAGCUGGGUGAAGAGAUUCCCAAGCUUCUGUCAACGGAGAAUCGACAUCUACCGAGGAAUUUGGUGAUCUACAACUUCCAUGAGGGAACAUACGAACCGGUUCCACCACCGGAAAACACAGUAACUCUCUUGGAGUUUGAAGGAACUUCUCUUCAUAAGGAUACACCCGAGGCGAAGGAACAAAUUGCGCGCAAAGGAACUGAUGAACUGAAUGUCACCUUGGAUAAACCACCGGAACCGAGCCCGGAAGAGGAAGUACCGCCGCCCCCAUCAGAAACUCCGGACGGUGAAGAUGCCGAGCGAGAGGAAGAUGAAGGAGAAGCCGAUGGCGAAGCGCAGGAACAGGAAGAAGAAGUUCAGGCUGCUCCAGAGGAGGAAGCUCCGAAGAAGAAGUUAACCAACCAGUUUAACUUUUGCGAACGCGCUGCGCUGACUAUAGCGAAUCCAUCCAGGUCGGUCGAUACGCAAACGAUUCCGCCGCCCCGGUCCACCUAUGGAUCCAGCGUGCUGCAGUGGGUUAUUUACGACUCGUACUCCGAGGACUACGCACAGCAGCAGCGCGAAAAGGAGCGGGAAAAGGAGAAGAAGCCGAUGCUGCACAAGCGUGAUGAAAAAUCGCGCAAGGACGACAAGGCAAAGCAGACGGAAGAGUUCAACAAGCGCUAUCUGCAGGCCUGUCAGAUUAUCGAGCGGAUGGUGAACCAGAACAUUUACGACGAAAUCGCACAAGAUUACCGCUACUGGGAGGAUCCUUCGGACGAGUUCCGCGAGGAAGAGGGCACCCUGCUGCCUCUGUGGAAGUUCUCCUACGAGAAGACCAAGAAGAUGUGCGUAACUGAUUUGUGCUUCAAUACGCUGUACUACGAUUUGUUUGCUGUGUGCUUCGGAACGUUGGAUUCAUGAAACAAGGCAACGAAGGAGCAGUGUGUUUAUUCACGAUCAAAAAUCCAUCCUUUCCGGAUUACAGAAUAACGACCGAGAGUGGAGCCAUGUGCUGCGAUAUUCACCCGAAGUAUCCGUAUCUAAUUGCGGUUGGAUUGUACGACGGGAACGUGAUCGUUACAACUACAGGUUGGCACAAGAGCCGGUCUAUAUGUCCCAUGGCGUCAAUGGCAAACACUCGGAAUCGGUGUGGGAACUCAAGUGGGGACCGGGACAUGCAGGAUGGAGAGAUUAACUUCUUCACGGUUUCCGGAGACGGGCGGGUGUUUAACUGGGUGUUUGAUGCAGAAUAAGCUCGCUAUUACGACGAUUAUAUCGCUGUUUUUUGGACAUUGACACGGUUGGGGGACCGGAUGGGAGCAGGUCUGAAGUUGAAGGGUUGCGGCAUGUGUAUGGUGUUUCAUCCCAAUAACCCGGAGACGUUUUUGGUUGGAACGGAGGAGGGAUACAUUUUCAAAGUGCAG